AUGAAGAAAUUUAUAUUCAUUGGAGCACUCCUCCUUCUGCUUUAAAUAACUUAAGUGAAUGCAAAUUGCAUGCAAUUGGCCUAAGAUUUCAAAUGCACAUACAUGCAUUUAUAAUGCACAGAUAAUCUAAACGGUGAAUGCUCUUGCGAAGAUGGUUCCACAUGUAGAUGGUAGGAUGGAAUUGGAGAUGAUAAUUGUCCAUGUGGAGGCGCUAAACCUAAAAGAAGAAGAAGAAAAAUACAUGAUGGUCUCUGA